AAGGCUAGGUUCAGUAACUAUUUUUUGCAGUUUGAUCUGAAUUUAGAGUGCACUUCUGCAAAAGAGUUUGUCCUGAUUACUUUCUUUGUUAUAUUUCCAAUUUUAUUUCUGCAAGCACUGAUGAAUGAUUGAAUGCCACUAAUCAUUUUGAGGGGUUUUGCAGGGCUACCCUGGUAUGAAGGGGGUGUUGGCAACUUGUGUGUCUGGAUCUGCUGAUCUCUACCAGGUAAACCAGCGGAAGCCUCAUCAUGGUGUGAACUUUAUAAUAGCACAUGAUGGGUUCACCUUAUGUGACCUUGUUUCAUACAACUUAAAGGGUCAUUGUGGUGCCUGUUGGGCCUUUGGUGUUGUGGAGUGUCUGCAAGAUCGUUUCUGCAUUCCUAACGGCAUGGACAUUUCACUUUCUGCCAAUAAGCAUUUAUCUCCAUGUUAACUUGGUGUAAGGUAGUCUUGACGAUGUGUUGAGGCGGUCUGCUCAGUGUAAGAACAAAUAAUUGGCCGCUCCCAUUUGUAUCUCAUUUCGU